UAUCUUUUAUAUUUUUACAGACGCAAUGUUCCAAAUUAAGCGAAUCUCAUUUAGAUGUCUGCAAGUCUGCAAUCUGUGGAUGUCAUUCCUUAUUAUAAGUGCUAAUGCUGACCAUGACAACAUUGUAAAAGUAAAACAGGGGCAGGUCAGCGGCAUAGAAUUAUCAAUACAGUCAGGUUAUGUUACUGCUUAUCUUGGAAUUCCAUAUGGGGAACCACCAACUGGAAGGCUAAGGUUCAAAAAGACUGAGCCACGAAAACCAUGGCAUGGGGUUCUAAAAGCUGAAACGUUUGGGAAAUCUUGUUUUCAAAACAGAGAAGAAAAAUUUGCUGAAUUUCCUGGCACUGAAAUGUUUCUAGUGAACAAUGAGAUGAGUGAGGACUGUCUUCAUCUUAAUUUGUGGGUCCCAUCUGCUAAGCCAAAAGAUGCUCAUGUAAUGGUGUUUAUCCAUGGAGGUGGAUUUGAAUCCGGUACAACUUCCUUAGAUAUAUAUGAUGGAAGCGUGUUGGCUUAUGCAGAAAGAGUUAUUGUUGUGUCAAUGAACUAUAGAGUUGCAGCUUUUGGGUUUUUGGCUUUACCAGGACACAAGGAUGCACCAGGGAAUGCUGGAUUAUUUGACCAGAGGUUAGCUCUGCAGUGGGUCAGUGAAAACAUUGCAGCUUUUGGUGGGAAUCCUGAUAAUGUGACUAUCUUUGGACAUAGUGCUGGGGCAGCAUCUGUUGGGUUUCAUUUAAUAUCACCUGGAAGCUAUGCUUAUUACAACAGAGCCAUAGUCCAAAGUGGGGCAGUGACAUCAAAUUGGGCAUUAAACUCUGAGGAGAGAGCAAAGCGCUUAACUAUGAAAUUAGCUGAAUUUCUUGAAUGUCCUCAUACAGACAAUGAUGCUAUUAUAACUUGUUUAAUCAAUGCAGAUCCGAUACUCUUGACUGAAAAGCAACUUUUGGCUAAGGAACCAUAUGACCUCACACAAUUUCUUCCCAUUGUAGAUCAUGAUUUUCUAGUAGAUGUGCCAGAAAAUAUUCUAGAGCAAUCUAUUAAAAGAACAGAAAUUCUGAUAGGAAUAACAAAAGAUGAUGGAAACCCUUUUACUUUGAUAUAUUCUUCUGAUUUUAACAUAAAAACAGAAAGCUCAUUUUCUUCAGAAGAGCUACAAAAAAGGCUGAAAAGAUUCUUCCCUUCAGCAGGUGAUCUUGGUGUACAAUCCAUUCUCUUGCAAUAUAAAGACUGGGAAGAUGGAAAUAAUGAUGAAAAAAAUCGAGAAGCCAUGGAACUGAUUCUUCGGGACUAUUUCUUUACAUGUCCUGUAAAAAGUUUUGCAAGAUAUGCUGUAGAGCAUCAAAAUAAUGUAUUCGUCUAUGUAUAUGAUCACCGGUCAUCAACGGAUCCAUGGCCAGAAUGGAUGGGAGCUCUGCAUGGUGCUGAGUUGCCAAUGCUUUUUGGAAAGCCAUUUAUCAAUAAAGGCCAUUACACUAAAUCUGAGCUCCUUUUUAGCAAAACAAUUAUGAAAUUCUGGGCCAAUUUUGCAAGAACGGGGUCACCUAAUGUAGAUGAAGAAGAUGGAUUUGUAUGGCCCCUGUAUUCACUUAAAGAUGAAAAAUAUGCAGUUCUGAAGCUGAGCGGGUCAGAAGUUCACCAAAAGUUGAGCAUGCGCAAUUGCCAGUUUUGGAAUUUCUUCUUUCCUUCACUCCUAAAGCUUGUAAAAUAAUGAAUGGGCGUUGGAAGGUCUUAAAAUGCAUAACAAUAGUCUAUUGUGACAAAAAUUCCACCCGAUAAGAAGCGACUAAGAAGAUGACCCUCUGCAUUCUACAUCAUUAAACAUAAAUUAGUUAGAAUAUUAAUGAGUCCAACAUGCUUAUAAAUAUGUAAGGUAUUAAGAAUUAAGGGUUUAAUGUUUUACAAGUAAAUGAUUAACCACUGUGAUCCAAUGUGUAAUUUGUAUCAUCUCAUCACACCGCAGAGAUAACGUGGAAUCAUUUCAGAUGCCUGCUACAUACAGCAUUCUUUUCAUACUUAUUUCUGUCUCACAACAUGUAGAUGCUGUAUGUGUCUAUGUAGUGGGCUUAAAUGGUGUAAACACCUAUACACAAUGUGCAUAAUGACCACAAUAAAUAUGACUUGUUGAAAUGUGUCUUUUCAUUUAAUUAAAAAAUAUAUAUAUUUUUUUCUUUA